CUCUGGGAGUUUGUAGGCUCUUUAAUCAUUAAUUCACAGGAGGUGUGUUUUCCUUGUUUUCCCUAAGCCUGCCUCUAUGAACUAGUUGUCCCAUGCUAGGGCAUAAUCCCUCUUUCUCUCUCUCUCCUUCCGUCCCCUCUCCCUCUGUCUUUCUCUCUCUCUCUCUGCUGAAUGGAAAAGUCGGGGGUUUCGGAGCCCACGGGCCCGUUGCUGGGUGCUGGGCAAGUUGCCGUGGGGCUGGUCGGCAGGUCGGCCGGAGCUGAAGGAGAGGACGGAGAGGUGGCGGCCGUGAGCUCCAAACUUUUCUGCUGCUCGUGUUUGAGACGCUGGAUCCCCCUGGCCUACAGAGAGGAGGUCUACCAUGUCCUGAGACUCACAGGCCCACUGCUGGUGUCUCGGAUCUUAAACCUCCUCUUGCCAUUUGUCAUCACCAUAUUCUGUGGUCACCUCGGCAACGCAGAGCUUGCCGGCUAUGCUCUGGCCUCCACGAUCAUCAGUGUUACCACGACAGCGACAGGUUAUGGCCUUUCCGUGGCUUUUGACACGUUGUUCUCUCAGACCUUCGGCAGCAAGAACCUGAAGCGCGUGGGGGUGAUCCUCCAGAGGGGGGUUCUGAUCCUGCUGCUCUUCUGUCUGCCAUGCUGGGCUCUGCUCAUCAACACGAACAACCUCCUACUGCUCCUGAAACAGGAGGAGGAGGUGGCCAGGGUAGCCCAUCUCUAUGUGUCGGUGUUCCUACCUGCCAUUCCGGCUAUGUUCCUGCACCAGCUCCAGUCAUCCUACCUCCAGAGCCAGGGGAUCAUCUUGCCCCAGAUGUACACAGCGGCCAUAGCCAACGUCAUCAACGUGGGCGUCAACUACGUCUUGAUAUUCAACCUGGAGAUGGGAGUCCUGGGCUCAGCCAUAGCCAAUAGCUUGUCUCGGAUCUACAUCUGCCUUCUACUGUAUGCCUAUAUCUGCUGGAGAGGGCUGCACAGGAACACAUGGGGAGGCUGGUCCACUGACUGUCUGCAGGAAUGGGGCUCCUACAUGCAGCUGGCUGUUCCCAGCACACUUAUGGUCUGCUUUGAAUGGUGGGUCUGGGAGAUUGGAAGUUUCCUUGCCGGGUUAUUAGGGGAGAUGGAUCUCGCUGCCCAGCACGUCUUCAUGGAGCUGACAGAUCUCACCUACAUGUUCCCUCUGGGCGUCCACGCCGCCACCUGCGUGCGAGUGGGAAACGCCCUGGGUGCGGGGGACACGUCCAGCGCCAUCAUCACAUGCAAGGUGGCAUUGGCUCUGGCAGGUUUGCUGGCCUUGUUCCAGGGGGUGGGGAUCUUUGGCUCCAAGUCAGUGCUGGGCUGCAUCUUUACCUCCGAUCAGAACAUUGUGGAGUUAGUGUCCAAAAACCUCACCGUAUACGCGUUCACACAGUUCUUUGAUGCUAUCGUGUGUGUGUGCACAGGGAUCCUGGUGGGGGCUGGGAAACAGAAGAUAGCUGCCUUAACCAACCUGGUGACAUACUACUGUAUAGGCCUACCUGUGGGGAUCGCCCUGAUGUUUGCUGCCAAGCUCAGGAUUAUCGGGUUUUGGGCAGGACUGUCCGUCUGCAUCGUGAUCCAGAUGACGUUUUUCAUCAUCCUCAUCUUCAAACUCAACUGGCAAAAAGCCACAGAGGAGGCCCAAGAGCGAGCUGGAAAGGGUAGGCCUGUCACAAUUGUGCCGUCAAAGGCUCCUAUUGGACAUCCUGUGAUUGACACAUUGAUUCCAGAGGGGUCCGAAUAUCCACGGUCCACUCUUAACUCUGACAAGAUCCAGUCAGAUAAUGAGGCUCUCAAACCAGCUGGGCACACCCCAGUCAGCACCCAGGAACAGGGCAUAGGGGAGAGGCAGGAGCUGAGGGCCGGUGGCAUCAGCAAAGGGCCAGGGGUGUGCGCUGGCGAGGCCGAGGGAGGGGGCAAGGCCCCCGAAAGCCGUACUGAAACGGAGCUGUCCAUGUCUCAGCUGGUACUGCGGAGAGGCCUCACCCUGCUGCUGUUGCUAGUUAUCCUGGCCACAGGGGUCGCUGUCCACCUGGCUUGCCCUCCUCCCGAGCCUUCCAUGCAGAGCAGGAGUAACCUGACCUUACUGGACUGGGCCAACUACUCCUCCACCCCGACACCAGGCCCCUGGCUCGACCUGACCUUGCCCCACCUAACCCCACUGUUGCAUUACAUUUUCCCUGCUGCUGUCUUGGGGCGGGAGGGGGAGUACAGUAUCAGUCUGGUUCACUCCUCCGAACAUUCUUGUUUCUUUCUCCUCCAUCAUGAUUCUUUAUUACAAACUAAAUUUAGCUUGAAACAAAACAUUGAUCUAAUGAACUGUAAAUAUUCUCAUCCAAGAAUUUGUUUUGCAUUUUACAAGCUCGACAUGUCAAAUGUGAAUUUGUACUUUGUAAUACUGAGUGCACAGCUGUAGGUAUAGCACUACUUUUAGGUGUACUCACAAAAAGGCGAGGGGCUGGCUUAGUCCACCCUCAAAUGUGAAAAAAUUGAUUUACCUAAACUGACCUAGAUUAUGAAGUCCGAUGGUACAGUAUGAAUCAAUAAAUCAUUUUUAAUAUAUUCAUUUUGACCUAAGUGUUUGUUUGCAUGCUCAGUAGGCAAGGUUUAUAAAGUAAGACCACCAAGUUCAACAGAGACAGUCUACGUAGAAGGAACACUGGUCAUAUUUAACAUAAAUGCUUGUGUUCA